AUGAACAUAAAUAUAGUAAACACACAAGCUAAAAAGAAAAUAACACUAACUGUACUUGGAUGCAUCGCUGUAGCCGCAUUAUUUGUUAAGAUACCAUACAUGCCCCGAAGCAUAAUGGCCUUCCUAUCCAUAGAGGCACUUAUACUUAUAUUGGUGGUGUCACUUGAAAAACCCGGGAGUUCAGAAAAACUCAUUCCUGCCAUGAUAUUUGUGAUUAUGCAUAUUUUUGUCUACACAGGAAAGAACAGCAUAUUCAAUUGCUACUCGUCUAUAAUUGAGAAACUGCCCUUGCUAUUGUCAUCAGAUAAAUCUUCUGUUUCAAUAGAUGCUAAAAAAGAGUUGCUCUCUAAAACAAAUCUACUAGUUACGAAAGGGCCGCAGGUGAAAAGAAGGUUGCAAAUAAGAGAACUUCCGCAAACAGAAAGAGAAGAAUCAGAAGCAGACAGGGAACAAUUGAGAGCAGAUAGGAAACUGUUGAAAGCAGACAGGAAAGAUAGAGAUCGAUUUCCAAUAUAUAAAAUUUUCGAUCUAAUGCCCGAUACUUUGAAAGAAUAUAAAACUUCCUUGUUUGAUUUAGAGUCAACCUUUAAUGGCAAUCUAAAUAAUAACCUCAGCAGAAACGCAGAGCUUAUAAAAGAUGUUCACAUCUUUGGUCUGAUGGGGCUGAAUAUUUUUGAAAAAGUAAGCGCGAAAAGCAAAAUAAAUAGGUAUUGGAGUGACAUAAAAUAUAUUGAAACAAGGAAAAGCUAUGAAAAAAAAAGCAAUUGCACAUAUCGGCCAAUUAUGAUGACUAUGUACACUGAGAUUCUAAGAAGAGGUCUAUGCAUAAAUACCCUUAACGUAGAUCAAGCGAUUUUUAAUGUUUACUGCAUGUGGCUUGAGGAUGUUAACAAAACUCUGUGCGCCGAUAGUUCUAGUGUGAACAUUAGCGAGACAUUCACGAACGAGAUGCUCGCCUCAUACAUCCUCAAUGAAAUGAUUACAUCAAAAAACUGGCUAGUCACCAUACAAACAUCCAAUAGCCGGCCAAGAAUAGGCAAGCACGCAAAAGACUUGGAUUUCGGGCCGUGCGUGGUAGUAAAUAACUGUUUCUCAUGGGCAGACUUCAAAGCAAAUAAAGACCCAGAAGUAUUAUAUGAGAUGAAAACCCGACUCCAAGACAGAAUUGAAAACGUCCCAGAAUCGCAGAGAGACCUAAAUCUGGACUUGUACAAAUACAUGGAUGCUAUUAAAGCACUGAAUGGGGGCACAUGCACCAUCUCAAAAGACCUACCAAUAGCGCUGGACCCAGAAAAGUACUACACAUAUAACUGCAUACCUGUAAAAAAGCUAUACAGAGGCAAUCCUGUAUUUGAAGUCCCGCCCCACGAAAAUGCAAUUGAGUUUGCAAAAUUUGCGAUGUUCUUCAUACAUAUCCGGUAUCUAAAAGAAAAAAUAGGUAUAGUUAAUUAUGAAUCUAUUUUGAAGAAUCGGCACAUUCUCAGGCAGUCAAUGGAGGAUAGAACAAUUAUAUGCACCGAGCCAAUGUUCAGUCUGGCAGUUGGGAUUGUCAAGGCAGCAAGAGAAAAAGAUAUAAGCGUUAAAAAGAUGAUUGUAGAUGAAAUGAUUGAGGAUGAGUAUCUUCAGAAAAAAAGGUCUAAUAAAGUCCCAUCUUAUUUCAGUGACAAAGUGGCCCCACCAAGCAUCAAAGGCUAA